CUCUCCUAGAUAACGACCUCCAGAGGACUCUUCCCCAAACACAAAGCGGAAAAUUACUCCAUCACCCGAAUCUCCGACUUCCAGUAACUUUCUUGUCAUAUCAACGCUUAGCACGAUUUCUUCUUAGGUGGUACACCCAUUGUAGCGCUAAGGCAUCCUCUUCCAAGUACGCAACGUGGCCAUCCAACUCGUGGGCCCCAGCUUCAGUCGAAAUCUAUGGUCAUGCCGCCAACUACUCGUCGCAUUAUUAUGCCAUUUGACCUACGUCAAACCCCCGAAAAGUUCUUUGAACAGAAAAGCACUAAGCUCCUCUUUGAUGUUUUCUCUGAAACUAGGAGACUUGUCUUUAAUGACCGAGUUCUGGUAUAUCGUUCUGAUCAACUGCCAGCGAAGUCAUGGCCAAAGAUGAUAGCUGGUGUGCAGCCGACAGAUGAUCUGAGAGAUGAAGGCCCCAUAAUUCCACAUACUCUAUAAGCCUUUUUCAGGGGUUAAUGUUGCUGAAAAUCUGGAUCCGAGGGAUAAUGAAGCAGCUGUCGACCUGAUUUGCGAUUUGGUUCGGGAUUUUUUCGGGAGCACUGAUAUCCCCAUCGCCGAAAUUCAGUUUUUGGGGCAUCCUAUUAUCAUCGGACUAGAAGACGAAGGUAAGAAGAGUGAAAUCCUAGGAGCGGUCCCCCAGUCUGUUGCCCAUUGUAAAUUGUUUUUAUCUGUUCGAGUCUAUGACGGAUACGCCUAGCAAGCUCUCCGCACCACGGUAUAAACCAGCGUCUUUAACUCAAAUACAUGAUCCCCAAUACGAGAUACUGAGACCAGGAGACAUGCUCAGUUCGGGUAUCUAUCACGAACAGGAUUCGGAAGUACUUAAGCUGCGCUGGCGUUCUUGUAAGGGAUUAUCUUAGCUUUGGGUAUAUGACGGUGGCCGCACACGGGCUCCAGGGACUGGGAUUUGAUAAUAAAGUCUACCAUCCCAGUCAUUCGGGCAGAGUGCUUGGAGAAGUCAUCCAAGAACUUUCUAAUGCAGAUAUUGCGUUAGUGAGCCUAUCUGAAGGGAUGCACUUCACAAAUGAACCAACACGCUUUCGCUA